CUUCCUAUUCAUCUCGCAGCUCAAGUUGAGAUCUAUAAAAUUUCGUAUCACAGUUUUUGGAAUCCUCAACUCGUCAGACUCGCUUCUUUGGGAUUAAGUAUCAGCAUCGGAUUAUCGAUAGAGAUGGGAGGAAUUCGAUUUUCUGGGAUUGUGUGUCUCUUAAUAGUUAUAGUAUCUACAGAUGCUCAGUUGCAGUUGGGAUACUACACAAAGAACUGCCCAAAAGCAGAGAAGAUUGUGAAGAACUUUGUCGAAGAGCACAUUCGAAAUGCUCCAUCUCUUGCAGCAGCACUCAUUAGAAUGCAUUUUCAUGACUGCUUUGUCAGGGGUUGUGAUGCUUCAGUGCUUCUGAACUCAACUUCGAGCAACCAGGCUGAAAAGGUCGCUCCGCCAAAUCUAUCACUAAGAGGGUUCGACUUCAUUGACAGAAUAAAGAGCUUAGUUGAAGCUCAAUGCCCUGGAGUGGUUUCAUGUGCUGAUCUUAUUGCUUUGGCAGCAAGAGACUCCGUUGUAGCAACAGGAGGUCCCUUCUGGAAUGUUCCUACAGGGAGAAGAGAUGGAGUGAUCUCAAGAUCAUCAGAAGCUUUAGCAAGCAUCCCAUCGCCAUCUAGCAACUUCACCACUCUCCAAACAAGUUUUGCUAAUCAGGGCCUUGAUUUGAAGGACUUGGUCCUGCUCUCUGGUGCACACACCAUUGGUAUCUCUCAUUGCACAUCGUUUACAAACCGACUUUACAAUUUCACCGGAAAAGGUGAUCAAGACCCAGACUUGGACAGUGAAUAUGCCGCUAAUCUGAAGGCAAAUAAAUGCAGAAGUCUAAGUGAUAACACCACAAUUGUUGAGAUGGACCCAGGGAGCCACAGGACAUUCGACCUUAGCUACUACACACUCGUGCUUAAGCGAAGGGGACUUUUCCAAUCUGAUUCUGCUUUAAAUAAAAGCUCAACCACUCUCAACUACAUCAAGCAGCUCGUUCAAGGUUCUGGGCCAAGCUUCUUUGCCGAAUUUGCCAAGUCGAUGGAGAAAAUGGGUCGGGUCAAUGUUAAGACAGGUUCAUCCGGUGAAAUUAGGAAACAAUGUGCAGUGGUGAAUAGCUAGAAAGUAGAAACCUUUGUUUUUUCUGUGUGAUUAUGUUUGUGUUUGCAUUAUAAUAAAUUAGUUUGUCUCAAUAAAGGAGGUCCUUCGGAGUGUUGUUUUCUCAUCGAAGUUCAUAUUCAUGUAAUUGCGUUAGCAACAAGUUAGUAUAUAUAAAAGAUGUCUGGAAGAUCA